GCCUCUGCUGUGCCCAGCCCGUGCUCGGGGCUCGCCCAAGAGGAUGUCGCAUCGGCUCUUCAUCUGCUGUUGCAAGGGUUUCUUCCGCGAUGAGAACGGGGAUGAGCUUUACUCGCUGUUGGGCGUGGACAGAAGGGCGACCCCGGCGGAGGUGAAGAGAGCCUACAGGAAUAAGUCCCUCCAGAUGCACCCGGACAAGCUUAACCAAAGGGGGCAGGAGGUGACGGAGCAGGACAGGGCCAACUUCCAGAAGAUGAAGUCCGCCUACGAUGUGCUGUCAGAUCCCUCAAAACGAGAGCUCUACGACCAGCUCGGCGAGACCGGGAUGUUGAUGAUGGAGGACCCCUUCGCCGCUAAGGACAACAUGAUCAAGAACUUCCUCCGGAUGGGCACCAGGGACCGACUGCGCCUGGUGGUCUUCGUGCUGCUGUUCGUGGGAGCGGUGCUGUUGUGGCCCAUCCUCUUCUGCGCCAAGGUGGACGGAGACACGUCGGCGAGCUGGGUGGCGCUUUGGACUCCGCUGUGGAUAUACGAUGCCCUUGGGCUGUGGUACUUCGUGUACUUGGUAAGCCUUGGCCAAAUCAAGGCGCCGGAGGGGAUGGAGGAGGGUUGGACGGACCCUUUCCCCCUGCCGCUGAGGGUGCUGGCACUGGUCAAGUGGACGCUACUGGUUUUGUUCCAGGUGUUCCUGACCAUGCGACUAGACGACAACAUCGACUGGUCGUACGCGGUGGUGGGCUCACCCCUGCUUGCCUGGAUGGGGCUUACCAUCGUCGGACACGUGUACGAUGCGACCAGACCCGUGCCUCAGGACAGGAGCGAGGAGUCGAUUCUUAACGACGAAGAAGGAGGAAUACCGCCGGACGUGGAGAAGCGGGAGCAGGCUAUCGCCAAGCGUACCGAAGCGCGCUCGGCGGUCGCCAAGGACUGCGUCUGGAUGCUACAGCUCGUCUUCCUCAUCAUUAAGCUGGAUGGAAAUGUGGACUGGAACUGGUGGUUGGUUUUCUUCCCCACUUGGUUCGUGCUGUUCGGGCAGCUGGUGGGGUACUACGUGGACUACUCGCUGGCGAGGAGCCUGUCCGCCGGGAUAGAAGAGAAGGAAGAGGAGGACCUCACGCAGGAGGAGAGGGUACGAAUGGUGGCGGCGUCUCAGCUUGUCGUGCACGCGGCCUCGUCUUGCUGCUGCUGGGUCUUCACGUUGGUCACGGUCGUGCUCGCCGUCAAUGCCAUCGCGGGCGCGGACUACUCGACGUUCGUCAUCUUCAUCCCGCAGUUCAUCAUCGCGGGCACCCUGCUGUGCUGCGCGACCUGCUUCAUCUGCUGCAUGCGAGACCUCGGAGAUCUAGACGACGAUGCCGCAGACCCAGAGCAAGGGGGGUCCGGGGCAUCUACCUCCCAGCACCUGCCGGGUUCCUACGGCACCUACAACCCGCCCGCGAUGCCGGGAGGGGGGGGUGCGUCGAAGGCGUCCCCGUCGGGGGCCGCCCCUCCUGCCAGCGCAAGCACCGGGGCGGCGGUGAUUGCGAUGCCGCCGCCGCCGCCGGCCUCUGGUUCGGGCCAGCAGGCGGAGGUGCCCGCGGCGGCACCCGCCCCGCGCCCGGUGCCCGCAACCACCCCAGCGCCUGAUUUGCAGGCGGAUGGAGGGAUCGAUUAA